GACAGCAAUAAUUGACAGCAAAGCUAAUCAAGCAAUCAUGGCUGCUUCUGUCGGCGUUCCUCCAAAAUUGGGAUACUUUGUUGAGCUUCACCUCUCUUGCCAGAACCUAAAGGAUACUGAUGUACUCUCAAAGUCAGACCCUCUCGUUGCCGUGUACUCUAAGACUCAGAGUGGAAGCUGGACUGAAUUGGGUAGGACAGAAUGCGUCAAGAACUCCCUUAAUCCCAGUUUUACCAAAAGUAUUGAAAUCUGCUAUCGCUUUGAAGAGAAGCAAGAUCUGAAGUUUACAGUGUAUGAUAUUGAUAACCCGACAGAGAGUCUUAGCGAUGACGAACUGCUUGGUAGCAUUGAGUGCUCCCUUGGAGAGGUGGUCAGUGAGAGAGUAUACACAAGACCAUUGCUUUCUAAAGGAAAGAAGAGUGGAACAAUCAAGAUUCAAGUGGAGGAAGUGUCGCAAGGAGGUAGCAGUAUUGAGUUAAACUUUAGUGGCCAUGGCUUGGACAAGAAGGAUUUGUUUGGUAAAUCUGAUCCUUACCUGGAGCUGUCAAGAAUGAAUGAAGAUGGUUCUUAUACAGUUGUACACAGGAAUGAUUACAUAAAGAACACACUAAACCCAGUGUGGCCUACAAUGACACUGAGCUCAAACUUGUUGUGUAAUAAUAAUCCUGAUAGACCUAUUAUGGUAAAGUGUUUUGAUUGGGAUGCUGAUGGUGGCCACGAUCUCAUAGGAGAGUUUAAAACGUCAUUGAAAGAGUUGCAAGCCGCCAGUGAUAAGAAAGAAAAAAUUGAUUGGAAGCUUAUUAACGCUAAGAAAACAAAAAAGAAGAAUUACGAUAAUUCAGGAACAAUUCGUUUAGACUCCAUCAAAAUCACUAGAAUAUACUCAUUUCUUGAGUACAUAAUGGGUGGUACUACUAUUAAUUUUACUGUUGGUAUUGACUUCACUGCAUCUAAUGGUGACCCUGAUAAGCCUUCAUCACUCCAUUACUACAGCACUGAGUAUCCAAAUGAGUACAUGAAUGCUUUGAGAGCUGUAGGGUACAUAUGUCAAGAUUAUGAUAGGUAUGGGAUGACAAUUGUGUAUGCUAUGCACUUGCAUGUUCUGAAUAUUAGUAUGCAAUUACCAGGGAAUGCUAUAGUGAUGAGAGCAGGUGUGGAUGCAAUCCCAAGCUUCCAUUUCAAUUAUAUUGUUGCUAGUAUGAUUAUGCAUGUUUUUUAUGUUGCGUAGAAAGUUUGAGCUGAUUCCGAUCAAAGUUAGAUUUUUUAUGGAUUUUUUUAAGUUGCUUAAAAAUGAGGCUUAAGUCCCUGUUAUAGUAAGUCACAAGCCAAAUUUCGACAAAAAUGACUAGGAGAGAAAUCACCAUUUUUA